AUGCACUACAUACCAGGCCCGCCGCCGCAACAGCAGUCGUCGACACCCGGCGCUGGCCAGCACAUCGCCCUCCCGCCGCCGCCUCCUCGCCCUACGCUCUACAACAACAAUACCUCCAACAACAACAACCUCGGAGGCAUCGCCCUCCCGCCGCCUCCCCACGCCAGCAGUCAAUGGGGGCCCCCGCGCCCGCAGUACCAGCAGCAACAGCAGGCUGGCGGCUACGACCCUGGCCAAUAUCGCAACUACCCUCACAACAUCCCCCCUCCGCCCGGCCCUCCUCCCCAGCAGCCACAGCCGCAGCCGCAGCCGCAGCACGAUCGCGACUACAGCGGCUUGACAUCUGCCACCUACAUCCCCGGGGGCGAAUCAUUUGGGCCCGGCGUGGGCAUUCCGCCGCUGCACUCGAGGCAGUAUGCAGAGCCUGCGAGCUUCUACCGCGACGACAGCUACUCGGCCAACACCGACGGCCCCGCGCCCGCCUUCCCCUCCCUCCACGAAAGCGUGCAGAGCGUGCAGUAUGGCACCAAUAACAACGGCUACAACAUGCCGCCGACGCCCAGUGGCCGUAGCCAUCUCAACAUCCCCACACAGAGCGCCCAAGGCUACGACGCGCCGGGACCGCCUACCGCAACGAUGCACAAUCCCAUGCUGCAGCACCACGAGAGCGUCUUCCACCGGUCCGAGAGCAAUGGCACGACGCCCAUCUCCCCGCACGAUGCUUCCCUACAAUGGCCGGCCGAGCGGGUCCAGCGUUGGCUCGCGAGCAAUGGCUUCUCGCGAGACUGGCAGGAGACGUUCAAGACCUUGGGACUGGAAGGCUCGCGCUUCUUGGAUAUUGGCAAGGGACACGGCACAAAGGGCAACGUGGGCAUGAUGCACCAGGUCAUCUUUCCACAACUCGCCAAGCAGUGCACUGCGAGUGGCGUUGGCUGGGAUCAGGCCAGGGAGCGAGACGAGGGCCGCAAACUGCGCAGACUCAUUCGCUCCAUUGUGGAAACGGGAUCCUCGAACAGCUCACGGCCGCAUCGAUCGGACACUGGGCUGACCCUGGCGAGUGCUGGCACCGAGGGCACGGUGGAGAAUUCGCCGUACAUGGGCUCGCGCAUGGACUUUGGAUCAACACCGACGACGGCUGGCAAUGGCGAGGAGAGCCCUGGUCGCCAGUUACUGGUACACUCGCCUGGUGCAGGAGCAAACCAGCCCAUGCGCAUCUCUACACAGCGCGUAUUCACAGUGCCAGGUCUGGGCACCACGCCUGACUUUUCAGAAGGUCCUGCACGCAGCGCCUACUCCAAAGAGGUCUUUCGCGACCUGGAACCCAAGCAAAAGAAACACAGCCCCAAUGCAUCCGGAGACUUUGCUCCCUUGCCACUCGGUAGUGCCAACUAUCGACAAGCAAGUCCGCAACAUAGCCCUGGUCUUGCGUCUGCGCGCCCUGCAACCAACAGUGGUCAGAACAGCGCUGGCCUGAGCAACUCUGGGCGCUACUACAACCACAUCCGUGGCAACAGCUCAGACACCAACCUGUCCACUUUUGCAAACACAGGAUCGGGGCCGCCUUCUGGAAGAUCGAUCCCCGACGGUCGAUCUGAAAGUCGCAACGAGAAUAGAAAGAAUGGAUGGGAGGGAUCCCGACCUGGUACCGGCCUGUCCCACUACAAUUCUGGAGAUGCGCCAAUGAGCGCCAAUGAGCACAAAAAGGGCUUCUUCAACAAAAUCAUGGGUCAUCGGGGUAGAAAGGACAACCACCCGUCACCGGACGAUGCCAGCCUUGAUUCACCCACCAGCCCAGUGAGCCACCGUAAUCUUCCUGCGGCCUCUUUGUUCGGCAAACCGGGAAUGAAUUCGAGCGAGACCUCUUUGAACGAACGACCACCUUCAAGGAGAUCUGCCCAAGCCGAUGCAGACAAUCGGAGUGCUGCUCAAAGACGCGCUCCAGCACGGGAGGAGCGCAAAUAUGCCUUUGUGACGCCGGACGGCUGGAACUACCGCCUUGUCGACGUGACCCAUGCCGACUCCGCCGCGGUCCUUCGAGCCUUGUGUUGCGAAGAACUGAGUCAUGGCCUCAGUCAAAUACCCGGUGUUGAACUCCAUCUCACGUUGCCAGGUCAAACCGAACACGAAGAACCGCUCUCCGAUUCGAAACUACUCAAGGCUCGGUCCAAGUAUGGCAACCGCGUCGGGGAGCUCAAGAUAUUUGUCAAGAUUCCACCCACAGGACUGAACAUCACAGUCCCAGAAGCCGCAUCGAGUCGAGCCACCCCAGAGAGCAACUAUGCACACCUCAACUCUGAACCCCAGUUGGACUCUCCUGGUGCAAAGUCGGGCGAAUCAACCUUGGUGCCUAGAGAGACUGCAGCUCUACGUGAGACAGUGAAGAAGAAUGAACCCAUUCCCGACGUAGUCACUAGUCAAACGAGCAGUAAUGGUAGGGGCGAACAAUCCCCCUGGGGUCCCAGUGAUGAGUCGCAACAAAUAUCGGAAUCGGAGCGUCGGAGACUGCUCGAGAUCGCCGCAGAAGAGCACCGCAAGGAGAUGCAGCGGAAACAAGAGGAAUACCUCAAAAUCCGCCAGAACAGGCUCAAAGGCCGUAGUCCGGAUCUCAACGCUUCGAACGAUACCAUCAGCAUUCACGGUGUGGGCAUUAUUGACUUUGAUGAACCGCGCAAUUCUCCGUACGAUGAGCUCAGAAAACCGUUUGAGGACAAGCAUAAGCCUAAGCAGUUGGUGCCUCUGAGGGAACCGCCUCCAGUUCCAGCGGACACGAGUACUUUACUCAAAGCCAACUCCUUGUCACGAGCGAAAAAUCGGACAUCUUGGCCAGAUAGCGAUGAUGGCAACCCGAAGCGUCGUUCGACUGAGUCGACAGGCGAAAAACGCAAGGCGAUACCGCAAGGUCCUAGUGGGUUGUCAAAUAUCGCUGCCGCAAUUAUAGGCGCAGGGACCAUAGGUGCCGGGGUUGGGGCAGCCAACAAGGCGCCUCCCAAACCUCCACCAAAGGAUGAUGUUUCAACAGAAAGUAUGCGUCCGUCACAGGCUGUGUUGAAGGAUAUGGGCUUUACAGAUUCGGGCCGGAGCAGUCCAGGUGGGUCACCCCGAACUCCCGGCGAGCUCACAAUGAGCAAGGGCAAUGUACCGUUCAGAAUUCCUGACUAUGUGGAAGAUCUAGUGGACGACUUCUCACCCGACAAGCCUGAACUCACCCUGGAAAUGCCGCGGCCGCGUAACACCUCAGUCUCCAAGUUCAAGGACGACCGACCACCUUCGCCAGAUCUGAGUCCUCAUUCAGCACAACCCCCUGUCUCCACACUGAGCCGAGAGCCGUCAAGAGUCUCGGUGUAUGGACCCACGCAUGAUUUUGAAGAAGCGCGAGUCUCCUUUACCACAAGGUUGCCAAACCGUGGCUCCGUGGAUUCAUCAGACGACGACUCUGACGACGGGCUCUUCGCCGCUCCACUGGCGCGCGCAGGUCCAGCCACUCCCGUCAAAAGUGCGCCACUCCAACGAAACGGCUCACGCAGUCAACGGCCAAAUCUCAAGCUCAAGACAUCCAGGUCAAAGAACUCGCUGGCUCAACCAGAGAAGUCAGCACAACAAAGCGCGGCUGGCGACCACGAAUCCCAGCCAAGCGACUGGCAUCCAGAAUCCGCUGCCUCUGCCACCUGGACUGACUCGCCUGAUGACACCUACAGGUUUUCUCGAAGAGAGUCGUUUGCGAGUGAUGUCUGGGCAAAUCGUCCUCCCGCUGAAGCUCUCGUGGAACACCUCGAUGAGCUCUUCCCAAACGUCAAUCUGGAUCAGCCUAUGCUUGAGGAAGAAGAGUCAGACGCGACGACAGACCCAGCUAGCGAAUCAUCCAAAGAGGCCCGAUCUAGUCCAGCAUCAUCCCUUGAUGACAGUGCCGGCCCAUCUCAGUCACUUUCUCGUAACAAAGCAGGUCUGCAGUCUAUUGCACAACGCAAUAUGCGAAAAUCAGGCGCAGGUCUCGGACGAACUAAAUCGAUUCGUGAAGUAGUCAAAUCACAGUAUCAGCCUCUCGAGAAGCGAGCUAUACCAGGUCAGGCACCUGGUGCAGCAGGGCCGUCCCGCGUUGCAACACUCCGCAAUGGCGGUGAUAUUGUCCGGCGAAAGUCAACCAAGAUGUUUCACGCCAACAUCCAACAAGUCAAGCCCCCACGAGGCUCCCGGUUGAUCCAGCUAGAAACGAUCCCACAGGACCAUAUUCCACUCCCCUCACGCCAACCAACCUUUAAAUGGAUGAAGGGUCAACUCAUCGGCAAAGGGACCUUUGGGCGCGUCUACCUUGGUAUGAACAUCACAACGGGAGAGCUCAUCGCUGUCAAGCAAGUCGAAGUCAACGCCAAAGCCGCAGGCUCCGACAAGGACAAGAUCAAAGAUCUUGUCAAAUCGCUCGACCAAGAAAUCGACACGAUGCAGCAUCUCGACCACCCCAACAUUGUCCAAUACCUCGGUUGCGAGCGCAAAGAAUACAGCAUCUCCAUUUUCCUCGAGUACAUUUCCGGUGGUAGCGUGGGAUCCUGCAUCCGCAAACACGGCAAAUUCGAAGAAUCCGUCGUCUCGAGCCUGACCAGGCAAACCCUGCUCGGCCUCUCGUACCUGCACCGCGAGGGCAUCCUGCACCGCGACCUCAAAGCCGACAACAUCCUGCUCGACCUCGACGGCACCUGCAAAAUCUCCGACUUUGGCAUCUCCAAGAAGACGGACAACAUCUACGGCAACGACGUGACCAACAGCAUGCAAGGCUCCGUCUUCUGGAUGGCACCCGAAGUCAUUCGCUCGCAGGGCCAGGGCUACAGCGCCAAAGUAGACAUCUGGUCCCUCGGCUGCGUCGUGCUCGAAAUGUUUGCGGGCAAGCGGCCGUGGAGCAAGGAGGAGGCCAUUGGCGCCAUUUAUAAACUCGGCUCCUUGAACCAGGCGCCGCCUAUCCCCGAGGACGUGAGUCGGGUGAUUGGCGUCGAGGGCCUCAGCUUCAUGUAUGAUUGCUUUACGAUUGAUCCGACGGAACGGCCGACGGCGGAGACGCUGCUGAGAGCCCCGUUUUGCUUUAGUGAUCCGAAUUAUAACUUUUUGGAUACGGAGCUUUAUGCGAAGAUUAGGGGGGCUUUUCAAUGA